AUGACCAACAGCUCAUCACCCUGGCAACAUGAGAAGGUGGACAUACAGGCGUUCCUCUACAUAGUGGUUGUUAUCCUCUUCUGCGCCUGCAGCAUUGUCCUCCUGCUAAUCAAGUACGCGAGGAAUGAUGACGAGGAGGUCAACCUCAAGUAUCAGUACUCAGAUAUUGUCAAGCGUGAACGGUUUCAGUCUGCGCAGUACAAGAGCAUGCUGGCCCUGCAAAGGACCCAAGAAGUGUUGAAAAACAUGGCCCCAGAGCUGCUUACACAUAUUGGUAACUACCCAAUGAUCAUCGUUAGCGACUUCGAUAGAAAGGUGACCAUGCCGAUUGGUCGCAGUGACAUCAGUCAUCGUGACUCAUGUCUAUCUUCAUUGCAGAACAUAAGUGCCGUCAUUCUGAAUGAAAAAAAGUGACGGCAAUCUUUCAAGAGCUUGUUCGGAUAAUAAUAACGAUUUUGAAAGUGAAGCUAGGUACAACACAUGCACUAGCUCCCCGGCCAAUCAAAGCUUAAACAGUGCCGUAUGGCACGUAGGUAUG